AUGGGUGAUUACUGCAAAGACAAGAGACUCGUUGAGUAUUGUGGAGAUUUAUGUGUUGUUCUUCGUUUAUGUAAGAUAUUCCGCGGAUGGAGAGGUGAUAAAGAGAGGACGGUUGGUUUCAAGGUUUAUAAGAUGGACAAGAAUUUGGUCGAAUGGGUUGAGGUUAGUUCCUUGGGAGACAAGGCAAUCAUUAUGUGCAUGGAGAGUUGUUUAAUGGUCUCAGCCUCCGAGUACUAUGGAUGUUUGGAGAACGCUAUCUACUUCACUGAUGAUGAUGGAAGAGAUAAACGGAAGGGUGAAGAUGUUGUUAAAGUGUUCAAGCUUGAUGGUGGCAUGAUCGAUUCUUCUUCUCAGAGUUUUUUAGAGAUGUUCACUCCUCCCUUUCUCUGA